AAAUGCACAGAAAAAAAAAUAGAAAGUUCUCAAACAUAAGUUCGCGUGCGUGUGCGUGUGCGUGUGCGUGUGCGAGGGUGCGACGGAAAUGGAAUGGGGGUUCUCGCGGAGAAUUAAUACAGCUUCAUUAUUAUCUGGAUUAGGAAAUUCGUCUCCUUUAUUUCUGCACAGUAAACUCUCUUUGCUGUGCUCCUCCGUCUGCCACUCCAUUAUCGUAUUCAUUCAAUUCAAGAUUUUCUUACUUCAAUUCAAUCGAGAUACCGCAUCUCAUUCACAAAUCAAUCAGCUCGCCUCCUCACCUUGUCACCCAUCAUCACCAGCCACCCGAAUCGCUGGCCCAGAAUCGUACAACGCAUCAGCGAGACAGGCCGCCGCAUCUGCAACCCAAUCUUGGUUAUCUCGCUGCUGCUCGCUGCAAAGGCACGAAAUCUUGAAAUUCCCAUCCUUCUUUUAGUUUAGACCCCCAUCUCGGUCCCUGGAAGUAAGAAUGAUUGGCGUUUAGUGGUUAGGUUAGUGG